GUGAGCUUUACACAGUCAAAAGAGGACCGUGACGCGCAGGUCCUGCCCUCAUUCUCUUCCUUGUGCAAUGCUGGAGAGUGAGACGUGGUCAGGCGGCGUUGCCAUGGAAUCCUUGAGCAAUAUGGAUAGUGCAGGGAGCUGCGACAGUGUAAUCAGCACAAACUCUGGCUAUAGUGAAGACAGUAUGGAGCACCUGUCUGCUGAGGAGAGAGCAUGUCUCAUGUACCUGGAGGAAACCAUUGAAGCACUGGAGGUACAGGAGGACAGCGGCUUGUCCAAUGAUGAACCAGAGCUUGGGCCACAGGCAGAAAAAACAGAUCACUUGAGAGUCAAUGACAUUUCCAGUUUGACCUCUGGUGGGUCUGCAAGUCGUGGAAUGUCUGCAGCACCUUCCCACUUAGCAGCAGAAUCUGCAUCCACAGCACUAACCAUCGAAGGCAAAACUGAGCAUCAUGCUCAGAAUCCAACUGCUGCGCCACAAUCAACCCCUGCUUCAGCAGAUCUUGAAUCGAGGGACCUUGUGGCUCAACCCAGUCUUCCUGCUUCCUCAUUACAUACACAACCUGAGGUGUUGGGUUUAGCCCCAGAUGGAGAUGGUAAUCCUCGGGACACAGGACAGUCUGCUCCAGCCUCUGACAUUGACAUGGGUGUAAUCCCUCCUCCCUCAGACUUCAUGGAUGAGCCAGAAUCUCCUUCCCAUCCCGUGAAGGUUGAGGACCUCCUUAAAUCUGCAGGAAUGUCCAGCAGCAAACCAGGAGCAACUGUUGACCUGGAGCAGAGCCUCUGCAAUAAACCUUCAAUGAGCUCCUCUGUGACCGAGCAGCCUCCAAGCAAACCUCCACCAGAACUGCCUCCCAAUCUGAGUUUACCAGUUGUUCCCUCUGGACCCCUGAUAAGUCCUCCUCCUGAGGCUGUUGAGCCCAGAAGUCCACCUGCUGUAGCUCCUAAGCCCAAGAAACUCCCUCCCAACAUUGUUCUGAAGUCCCAUAAGGUAGCAGCAACUGGCUCAAAUGGAAACUCAGGACAUUCAGUGCCCACCAGCAGCGACCGGCUGGUGUUGGACCCUCAGAGGGUCCGCAUGGAGGCCCUCCGGAAGCUUGGUCUGCUGAAAAGCAGCGAGUCAGAUUCCGGUCCGGCCUUAAGCCCUAAACUCUCUCCCAAAACCAGAAGGUCAUGGGCAGCUCCUUCUCCUCCCGUCAGCCCAGCAACUUCACAAACACCACCCUUCACACCAUCUUGCCUGAAUGUCCACAGUCCAUCUACUGCUUCUGUCCCUCUUCCAUCGGUCUCUCCUGCCGCUGUGUUACCAUCAGCUGCUUCCACAGCUCCUUCUGUUCAGCCUCCUGAUAUUCUUCCAGCUCCUGCCGCUUUCAGUGACCCCAUCAGUCCUCUGCCUUCAGAUAAUGAACUGUCUGCUAUCAAAGAUGUCACAGAAGCCACUGUUAAUACCCCUCCUCCUACCCCGCCUGCCCUGGUCAAGCAGCUAACCCCACCCAGGGUCACUGGUAUCAAAUCAGCCACCCUUGAGCGCUCUGGGUUGAGUCGAAGCAGUUAUAAGGCUGAGGCAGGCCAGGCUGUCAGCGGACAGCAGAACCCCAGCCAUCUGCGUAACACUCGGCCCCGUCCUGCUUCUCUGGGGAGUGGGAGAGAGUUUUCAAAUGCUCAAGGAGGUUUUCAGGCAGACCACAUCACCAGCAAAGAGCCAGACUCCUGGAUGUCCCUGCCUGCUCCAACUGCCCUCCAGCAUUCCAGAGACUCUCAGAAACUGCCUCGAUCACAAGGCAUAAGUGUGCUGAUUAGGCCUCGUGCAGAAGACGGAGAGGACCGCCGUGAGGCCCUGAAGAAGCUGGGACUGCUCAGAGACUGAUCCACAUAAGAUGCCUUCAGAUAAUUCAAGGAACAUACCAGAGAUUUAUGCAUGAUUGAUGAAGACAUUACAGAACUUUCGGGAAGCAGCUCACCCGCAUAUUUAUGCAUUUUCAGUUUCACUGCAUUAGCUAUCGUGACAGCAUCACAUGGCUUGCCAUUACUUGUUACAUAUAUUGCACAGCCAUAUGUUGUAGUGUUUUUUUUCUUAUGAAAGUGGUAGCCAAGGACCUUUUGGAUAUACAUUCACUCUCAUUAUGCCGUGGUGUUUGUGAAUGCAGUUACUUUUAAGAGAAAGCGAAGAGCUGCUUGGUCAUUUCAGUGUGUCUUGUGAUCUUACAGUAUAAACCUUUUCUACGUGACUGUCUGCUUUCAUAAGUUGUUUUAUGGAUACCGUUGUGUGGCAGGGUCCCUCCGUAGUUCUCCUUUUUAUAUAAUUUCAAAUGUCACUGCUGGUAAUACUUUCACUUCCUACAUUCUGUUGGAUUUCUAGUCUGGCUUUAUUUUUGUUUUUCAGGAAGCUCUGACUAGUAUUCAAAGUUUUCCGUAUUUAUUAUGAAGUGCAUUGAAAAUAUUUCCUCAGCGCAGGUUGCAUCAGUUGCAAAAUGUACAAAGUAUGUCCUGUAUUGCUGCAACAUACUUGGCUGUAACUCAAAGCAGACAGUCAGUGGUCUGUUGGUGAAAAGAAUCUGAAACGUGUGGUCUGUGAAGCUGCACAAUGACACACUUGUCAAAACCCACAAGCUUGUAGCACAGCAGCUAAACCGGUGCUCAAAGAAAGUGCAUCAUUCCUUAAAUUUGUGUUUGUCAUCCAAUAAGUAUUUGGAAACAUUUCUCUCAGAUUGCAUUAGAUAAGAUUGACAAGCGUAGAUGAUGGAACAUCACAUCAUCAUCUGCUAUGUUAAGGUAUAUAAGUGCACUCUGUAGAAGCUGCAGUCUUUCCUUGCUUGUGUCAGGAUGUUGUCUUUUAAACUUUUCAUUCAAUUUUCAGGUUAAACUGAUUCACUGCUGUAAGUUGAGGACUUCUGAAUAACAUUUCAGCCGUAAAUAUUUACCAAAAGUGUUGUAUAAAGGCUGCAUAUUUAGAUUUUUUUUGAGAGAAGAUGCCAUUUAAUAGUUUAGCUUGACUAUUAAUGCAUAUCUGUUGCUUAUAUUUCCAUUUAUCAUACUAGUCACUAAUGUUACACAACGUAGCAAAAAUGAUGCUCUUUCUUUGACACCAAUAUGUUUUCUCUGAGCCUGCGAGUUACAAGCGUUACUGUUUUUUCACUUGUGUUUUUUGUUUCUUUGUUUGUCUUUAUUCAUAGAUUAUCCCUAUAGUGACCACAAGCCACGAAUUGUCUUUACACACAUUUGAAACGCAUCACAUUUGUUUUCCUUUGGUAUUUUGUGAAGCCCUCAUGUGUUCUGUCAAAUCACAAAUCGAGGCACCAGUUUUGUAGUUCAGCUUCUGCAUUUCUAUCUGAUGUGAUGGUGGGAGAACUGGUAAAACCUGUUUUUCCACUUCCCGUUUUAGCUCUUAUGGAACACCUUUGCAGUUCACGAUGGCUCGUUUUUGAAACACCCUUUUAUCACACCAGCAGGCUUUUAAAGAUAGAUAAUAGAUUUGCUCUUUCUUGUAAUGUGCUGCUAAGGUCACUGCUGCUGUAAAAAUUAAGCUCAACUUGAAAAAUAUUUCUCUGAAUCGGUUUAAACACCGGAGUGCUGAACUACAGGCUCAUUCUUCUGUUUUUGGUCUAGAACAUGACUUUCAAGACAAAGCUGAAACAUUCAAAAGUUGCCAGGGUUUGUGUGGCAGCUCAGCAUGGUGUUUCCAAACUGGUACCAGUGACUCAUCUUUAAAAAUGCAAUUAGAUGUAACACUAAGGUGUGCUGUCUGUGAACGACUGUGUCUGUGCCAAGUGCCACUUUGUGUCAUUGUUGUGAUUCUUGCAGCCCUACCCUGAAUACCAUUGUUUCCUAAGCAUUUAUACUGUCUUUAACACACCCAACAUAUUUUCUCAGUGUGAAUUUGUAGCCAAUAUCUCAUUUAGAUUGCCUAUAAACAGAAUAUUUUCAUA